GGGUAAUUUGGGGGAAGGGUGACGCUACGCUCAUGUUCUGUGAUGAUAAAAAAGGAGAGAUUUUUAACCAAAAGAAAAGAGAGAAUGAAGAAAAGACAAGAAAUCACUUCAUGCAGAUCCAAGAUACCGUUCCCAGAAGAGUCCCUACAUAUGUUAGCAAGAAGACAACUGUCUGCACAUUUUCCAGCAAGAACAGCGUGGCAACUGAUGCAGCACUGUGCUGUGAGCCUGGGGCAGACCCUGUGCCGGGAGCAGAAAUCUUUCCUGUGUCGCUUGUGCCAGGGCGAGGAGCUGCAGUCGGACCGGGAUGAGACUGGUGCAUACCUAAUAGACCGGGACCCUACUUACUUUGGACCCAUCCUGAAUUUCCUCCGUCAUGGGAAGCUGGUCCUGGAUAAAGAUAUGGCUGAAGAAGGGGUCCUGGAAGAAGCAGAGUUCUAUAACAUCGGCCCUUUAAUCCGGAUAAUUAAGGAUCGUCUAGAGGAGAAGGACUACACAGUGGCUCAGGUGCCUCCUAAACAUGUCUACCGUGUGCUACAGUGCCAGGAAGAGGAGCUCACUCAAAUGGUUUCCACUAUGUCCGAUGGAUGGCGCUUUGAGCAGCUUGUGAACAUUGGCUCGUACUACAACUAUGGGAAUGAGGAUCAGACAGAGUUCCUGUGUGUGGUCUCCAAGGAACUGUACAACUCUCCCAAUGGUUUGAGCUCUGAGUCCAGCCACAAAGCCAAGACUGUCCAUGUACCGGACACUCCCUCCUGCUCCCCUCCGUCUCCAUCUCUGCACUGUCACCUGCCUGGGACACCCUACCCCAUCCCCCAGCCUCCAGCAUUCUCCCCUCUGUUCUCUUUACCCCUCAUGGCCUCCUUCCAGCAGACCUGGUUCCCGUCUCCCCUUCCAAACGCAAGAUUCUGUUUGCUCCCUGCUCAGGGCCCCAUCUCUCUCUACUCCUCACUUUUCCUACUCUGCAGGUAUGUUACCUAUCUGCACUCUCAGAUCCUGCCAGUUUGAGCUCUGCAUGAGUGACUCACGUCCUUCCCUCUUGUGGAUAAAGUUCUGGUUUGUAGAACUUGGGGAGGGGGAAAGCAGGGGGAGGUUGAGUCAUUUCUAAGGUGGCUUUUCUGAUUCUCAUCAUACAUGUGCCUUCACUUGCCAAGCAGUUCUUACAGCUCUGGACUGGAGGCUCUGGCAGCAGCAGGGAAAGUGCAACCGGGAGUAAGGAGGAGGGCUGGGGAAGAAUGCAAAGCAGGCAGGGAUGGCACAGGGGAAUGCCUGCCGAGCAGCUGCCUGCCAUGCAUGCCAGAUCACUUCUGAUUGCCAUCCAUUCCUGCAGCUCCUUUGUCCCUCCCUGCUCAUGCUUCCCAUGACAUUGCAGUGGCAGAGGGUGGUGAAGGUGCAGUGGAAGCUGUGGGUCCCUGCUCCAGAUGUUCCUGCAGCUGUGCUUGAUAGGGGCCUCUGCUCCGCCUCCUGCUGAGACAGGCUGCCCAUCUGCAGCUGAACAAAGAAGCUUUCAUAGGAGGACCCCUCUCUCUAGCUGGAAAACAGAUUUCUUGUUGGACUGGUGGUGCUCAGUGCCACUUUCCAUCCUAAUGGGGGGCACUUGUUAGCUGGAUGGCAUUGCUCACUUCCCCUGUUCAAGAGCCUCCUUGUUCAUGGCUAUGGGACCUGAAUGUUAUUCUCUCAAAAGGCACUGUGUGUUAAUUGCAGACUUCUCCCUCAUUUUUCUCUUUUCACCCCACCCUCAGCCCUCUUCCUUUCCUUCUUCCUUUCCCUUUUCCCCUUUCCUUUCCUUUUUCUUUAUAUCUUGUUUCCUCUGUCAUGUGCUCUUUCCCUUUUCCUGUUCUUGCCCUCUUUGAUUCGGUUUCUCUCUCUCCCUCUCUAGCUGUUACAAGCCAGAGGCCUGAGGAUGUGAUCCUGACUCUACACUCCAGCCUUUUAAUUUCUGCUUGAUAUCUUUAUUUUUGUACGGUAGCAUAUGGCAGCCCCUUGUGCUGCAGUGACACCCGCAGCCCCCUUCACUCUCCACACUCAGCUGUUGACUUUUACAAACUCAUCUCUGCCCGGAGGAGGGCAAAUGCUCCAAGGAGAGCUGCGGGAGCUGGAUCCCCAUCCUUUGCCUAGCAGAAUGGCUUUCUUUAAUGUCACAGUGGCCCCUGCUGGGGACAUCAGCGAUCAACCACUGCAGAACUUUGCUCCCUUCCCGAACACGGGUGCCCAGAUGUGGCGGCAUCUGCAGUAGGGCCACUCCUUGCCCGUUCACAGUUGCAGGCAACUGGUCUGGGCUUUUGCCCAGAGGGCAGAUGCAGAGACUCUGCUUUAUUUUUUAUUUUUAUGCUUUAUUUUCUGGGCCACCUGCACUGCUGGUGGAGUGUCCCUGUGCUGGGUGUCACCUUGCUUGUGUCUUCACUCCCUGUCCCCCUAAAUAUCUCUGCAUUGGAUGGGUGAGUGGAGGCAGGUGUGUGCUGCCUGGAUACCUGUUGGGGAUGUGCUGGCACCUGACAGAAGGUCUGAUAGGACCUCAGAGAGUCAGGGGUUCACUUCACUGCUGUGUCUAAAGAUGCAAGGCUGUAGCUCCUAAAUAAAUCUCACAAUCUCUUCCUCCUUGCUGCCUCUCAUUUCAAGUGUUAGAAAUUUGGUGCUGGGAGGAUGGACAAAGGGAUUGAUCACCUGGAGCCGUCAGAAGUUGAGCCUGCCUUCUGGGCAUAGGGGUAUCUCCUGCUGCAUUUGUGCUGUAUCCCCAUGCAGGUGGAGCUACAGAGCAGGUUUGCUAAUUGCUAUCCACACCCCUAAACUGUAACAAUGAAGACUGCCUGUCUUGAUGACGUGUUCACCCUACUGUGUAUGGGACAUAGCUGAGGGAGGGCAGAUUUCUGGGAACUUGCGCCAGUUUGCCAGUGCAAGGACUGGAGUUCGGCCCUAAAGAUCCAAACCCCAAAAGAAUUUGUAACAGAAUAAUCAUAGAAUCAUAAAAGUUGGAAAAGAGUUCUAAGAUGAUCUAGUCCAGCCAUCAGCCCAUCUAACCAUGUCCCUCAGUGCCACAUCCACACGACUCUGAAGCACCUCCAGGGACAGUGACUGCCCCACUUCCCUGUGCAGCCUGUGCCACUGCAGCACCGCUCUUUCUGGGAAGAAAAUUUUUCCUAAUAUCCAACCUGAACCUCCCCUGGUGCAACUUGAGGCCAUCAGCUCUCAUCCUAAAUAGUAGACAAUAAUAAAUCAAAUUAAAGC